CGAGAGGACUCGGAUAUCGGGGGCAAGGGCCGAGUGUGGGUCCUGCGGCUGCUGGGGCUUCCCGAGGGGAAGGCACAGGGAUGCAGGUGGACUCCUCCGGGAGAUCCCGGGGAGGGGGUGCUGCUGGGCCCCUGCCCCGCACGGUGAGACAAAAAGAGAGUCAGAAACGGCCGUUUUUGCGUGGCACUCGCCAUUGCUCGUGCCCCAGAUGUUUAAAGGAAGUUAAGACAGGCAAACCCCAAAACCUACCCCCUGGAAAUGCUUUCAACAACCCUGCCAAGGAGAGUAGCUAAUCGUUAGAGAGCGUCAACGCUAUUCUACAAGAUCUCUUUUCUCUGACUGCCCCUUAUAUAAAAACAAAACCAAAACCCCCCACAAGCGCAUCCUUUGGCGCCUCUGCCACCUGACAGAAAUGUCGGGCUCCAUCUUGUCCCGCCCCACCCCCUGCCUGAGCCCAGCCGUGGAGUGUGAGUACCAGACUCUGCCUCUCCCUGCGGCAGGGGGAGGAGGCCUGGACCAAGGUAGGACGCGGGUGCUGGAAGGGUGAGGAUGGAUUUGAAUCCUGUCUGGGCUGCUCCCUCUGCAGGAAGCGGCUUUUCCGUCUUCAGGACGCAUAGGCUGACCUCAAGACCCAGGCUGCAAGCAGACAGCCCUUCCUUCCCAAUGCCUGCCACUCUGAGGACAUCUGCAGAGCUGAGGCUGCCCCAGCCGCUGCUCAGAGGCCACCAUGACCCAGACGCCACCAUCAGCCCUCACUGCCCAUCACACUCUCCAUCUGUACUCUCCAACUUGAGCUCAGCAUGCUCACUGAUUGUCCCCGUGCUUCCCUUCAGAGGCCGCCAGGCCCUCCUGACCUUCCCAGUCAGCCAACCAUUUCAGUGGGCACACAGACCAGACUGACCCCAGAUUGCUCCCUGACUUACAAGCCCCGGGCACCACCAGAUCCAAGUCCAGCACAAUCACACUGCCUGGGCUCCACAUACUCCCUGCAUCUUACUUUCCACCCCCCAUUUCCCUGAACCCCUGCUGCAGCUGCUUUCCUGCCGUGUCCCCCUGCCUCUCAGAACCCUCCCAUGUGGGCAGCAUCUUGUCUUUGAGGGAGGGUUCCUCUUUGCCAGUGCCACCUUCACUACCCAUGUCCUUGUCCCUAUCCUGGCUCCCUCAGAGUAGAGGCAGCCAGCCCCUCCCUUACUCCUUCAACCCUCACACUCCCUCCACUAAAGCAGCAUUUAGUGUAUUGGAUGAGAACCACCCCCUCAUCUCACUCCCCCACUGGACAGUGAGUUUCUUAAAGGAACUCACAGGAUUCUCACCUCUCCUCUUUGAUACUUAGGUACCAAAUGCAGUCUUACCUUAAGGCCCAGUAAGCAGCUAUUGGAUGCAGGAUGGAGAGACAGAUCCUCUGAGGGGGCAAAGGUUGUGCCUUUCACCCCUCCACACGCUGUACCGUGUCUUCAUCAUACCUGUGGGCUCACUUCUGUUAUGUUUGGGAAGGAAGAGAAAAAAUGCAUUUCCAAAUGAUGCCAUUCUAAAUUACUUGGUGCUAACCAGUAGAUUGGUUAGUGAACAUUUCUCUGAAUUCUCCCCAAGGGAAGGGACGUUCCUAUGAUUGAAGUGCUAGAAAGCAGUACUGCUGGCUGCAGUCGAGGGUGAGGGAGGGGUAACCAAGGUUCCCAAGUCAGCCCUCUUGUAAUUGGCAUCCCUGGGCAGAAAUGGAACAGGACAGAACUGUACCCCAGGGCCCUGCUGGCCAGUAAAAGCUGUGCCUCCAAAGCCUGGUAGAAAACCAAGAAGAAGUCACCCCAAAAGAGGGAGCCCUUCCCCGCCUCCAGGACCUCCCUAGAGAAUCCUUUGAGGAAUUGGCAUGGAUGGAUCAGGUGUGGGGCAUUUCAUAAGCCGCUGACCCUGGGAAACACCCCUACCCCGCCUACCCACCCCCAGCCAUGCUCCCUGGGACCUUGGAACACUGAUCUGUUUGUAAUAGCCUUAAGUAGGCUUUUCACCGGGCCUAUGCGGGCCUGAAUGUACAAGUUAAUAUCUGAUGCCAAGUGAGAUGUGAGGUGCUUGUGCCCUUGAAGCCUGCCCUACAGAUUAAUUAGAGCUGAUCCUGCGUGCUGCCGCACCGGCCAGCUCCUUGGGCCACAUGAGACCUCCAAUCCCCUAUUUGGAUUAGUGGAGAUCUGGGCUUAAAUUCACAAAUCUCAACAGAUCAGCCUUUCUGAUCUUCAUUCUGUGUUAUUGGCAAACUAGAUAUCUACCUGGGACAACUCGAGGGGUCUCCAGCCUUCAUUUCUCUGAAAACACAUGCUCAUGUCAGUUGGUCAAUUUAGCUUUUCACUUUGCUAAAGGUUUCCAUUGCAGCCUGGAUAUGGCCUGACUUUAGUUAUAUAAACCAGGUAUUUUUCAGGCUGAACCGUACUAAUUAAAAUCUAAGUGGGAUUUGAGAGACUAGCAGCUGCUUGGAAAUGAUUUCAUGUUGAUGCCAGCUACCUGGACGCUGGAAAGCAGUUUUGAGUUUUGCGGUUGGUUAUUUGGUUUAAGAACCCUGUAGGGUGGGGAUGUCUCCAUGUGAAGGUGAGCAGGUUGAAAAGGUCAGGUGUCAUACUCAGGAUAACACAGCGGGGUCAAAUCUAGAAGCUUUCAGUCCUAGAAUUUUCUUAAACGCUACAGCUUCCUAUUCCGUGAAGGUAAGUGCACAUCAGAGGAUUCCUUAGGUGCUUUUGGCUAACGUUGGAAUUCCAUUCACCCCCAGAGCCACACUCAGUUGGAGUCUGUCUGUGCCUGGGAUGGAAGGCUGGAUUCCAGCUUUGUGGAGGAACAUUGGAUGCUGCAGUGGUUCCUGGAGGUGCACUCCUGACCCUCCUCUCCUGCAGCCUGGCUCCCACCAUGAGUGCCGAGCUCAACGUGCCUGUGGACCCCUCCACUCCUGCCUGCUCUGAGCCCGGCCACAAGGGCAUGGAUUACCGGGACUGGGUCCGCCGCAGCUACCUGGAACUGGUCACCUCCAACCACCACUCCGUGCAGGCCCUUUCCUGGAGGAAGCUCUACCUGAGCAGGGCCAAGCUGAAGGCCUCCAGCCGGACCUCCGCCCUCCUCUCGGGCUUUGCCAUGGUAGCCAUGGUGGAGGUACAGCUGGAGACGCAGUACCAGUACCCGCGGCCACUGCUUAUCGCCUUCAGCGCCUGCACCACGGUACUGGUGGCCGUGCACCUGUUCGCCCUGCUCAUCAGUACGUGCAUCCUGCCCAACGUGGAGGCGGUGAGCAACAUCCACAAUCUCAACUCUAUCAGCGAGUCACCGCACGAACGCAUGCACCCCUACAUUGAGCUGGCCUGGGGCUUCUCCACCGUGCUGGGCAUCCUGCUUUUCCUGGCCGAGGUGGUGCUGCUCUGCUGGAUCAAGUUUCUGCCAGUGGAUGCACGCCACCAGCCCGGCCCCCCGCCCGGCCCCGGCGGCCACACGGGCUGGCAGGCUGCCUUGGUCUCCACCAUCAUCAUGGUGCCUGUGGGUCUCAUCUUCGUGGUCUUCACCAUCCAUUUCUACCGCUCGCUGGUGCGCCACAAAACUGAACGGCACAACCGCGAGAUUGAGGAGCUGCACAAGCUCAAGGUGCAGCUGGAUGGGCACGAGCGUGGCCUGCAGGUGGUGUGAGCGUGUGCUCCUGGGCAGGGCCAGUACGGCAUCCAGAGGGACCAGAAAGUGCCCGCCUGAUGGGGAAUUUCAGAAAUGCAGAGAAACGCAGAUUGCUGACAAGGCUGCCUAGACACUGCCAGACAGUUCCAGACCAAAGUUAACUUCUGUCUUAAUGCUGUCAAACCCGGAUCAUUUUCCUGCGGAAGGUGGAAAUCCUUAGCUAAAUGAGCAACCCUGUUGCUAAGAGCUCAGGGCAAAGAAAGGCCAAGUCUCUGGCCCUGGGGACUUCCUAAGAUAGGAGACCAGGCUCCGAGUACCACCAGGUGGUCAGGGGUCACCUCUGGGACCUGGAGUGAGUGGCCACUGGGCCAGGGAGGCUGGCAGAGGCCUGGAGAGUCAGAGCACUGCUGUGAGUGCAGGGAAGGGAUUGCCCCAUGACACCUGAGCUGGGCUGUGGCAGCCAGGGGCAUGUCUGACGGCACCACCCUGCUGUGAUUAUACGGUGCAGGAUGACAGCUUGGCCUGGUGCUUCCCUCCUGGCCCCUGAGAACCUAGCUUGUUGGGGGAAGGCAGGAGCCUAGGGCACAGGUCAGGCCCACAGGUGCGGUGGGUGCUCAGCCGGCGGCAGACUUGGCAGGCCCUGGGGGAGACAUCCAAGGGUGGAGGCCUGCAGGGUCAGGGAGGCAUGCAUCCUGGCUGAGGCGCCUACUUGAGGUGGCUGUUAACUGAGGCAGUGCUCUGAAGCACACUGUGCUCAAAUUCUCUCUCCCCAACCAGCCUAGAGCCCUGGCCACAUUGACCUAGAAAGGCUACCAGGUCAAGGAAAGGGCCCACAGUCCAGUGGCCUCCACCUCUUGGUCACAGAAUGCCCUGAGCCUAGUCAGCUGCCCCUCUGGGCCGCGGCCGCAGGCCAGGACACUCCCUCAGGUUGCAGAGCCUGCCCAUCUCCCUGCUGCUGUGGUCCCAGGCAGCAGGGAGGGGGCAGCCUGGGGGACCUCCUGUCCAGACAAGGCCAUGGCCUGGCCUGGCCUGGUCCGUGGGUGGUGGUGUCAGGGGCCAGCCCUGGCCAAAUGCAAGUCACACCCACAGUGACGCAGAACAAUGGCAGGGGAGUUGAGGCCCCGCGCAGUGCUCCCUUCCUGGGCCCCAGGCCGUGUGCACAGGCCCGUGACACUGUUAGGCAGCCACAAGCAGCCUGGGUUUUGGUGUUUUCAAGAAAGGCAUCUGGUAGACCCGAGCCCAUGUUCUUGGGCGGAACACGUACACACUACAGCUCAGCUUGUGUGAACUUGCCGCGCCCUGAGCUACUUUUAGGAACCACAUUUUACCACGUUGGCCAGCAGCCACCAGAGGAGAGUGCCUUUCCUUUUGUUUCCAGUCAUUGGACUUAAUGCUGUGAUGGCAUUUCUAUCCACAGCCUAAUGUCUCUGUAGGGUCUACAUUGUCUGUGCCAAGAAAUCCUGGCUGGCCUGGCUGGGGUUUCUGGGACCAUGACAUACUAUUGGGAACAUUAACUUUGACAUGUAACUCUGAAAUGCUGAGAAUCACCGGUGUAAGUCAUGGCAUUUACAAGGAGCCCAGACAUCGUGUCCUGCAGGGCUGGAGAAGAGCCUGGGCAUCUCCCAAAGGGCAUGUCCCUCGCAUCCUCUGCAGACGUCUGUCGUGACUUGCUUGCUCCCCAGCGCACGUCUCUCCUCUCCCGAAGCCUUGUUGAAAAGGCUCGUCUGGUUUAGUAUGUGUUUGCUUUGCACAAGAAUGUCAGCAUCACUGCAAGACAGGCAGUUUGUGUCCUGGCAGAGACAAGACAGGCUGGCUCCUCCCCACAGCUGGGAGGGGCAGCAGGCCGUUCCUCUGGCCUGAACCUUUUGAGAGGGGCCUUGUUAGGCCCACUUCUGCCCACUUUCCCAGGCCGUCUGGUGCCGCUGCCCCAUGUUCCAGACCCAAGGAGUGAUGAGCUAGAGGCCAGCUUGGUCCAGGGUCAGACACUAGGUGCCCGCUACCAGUGCCGCAUGGGUAGGAAAGAUGCCACGUAUCACAUUUCAGACACUGAUUAGGAGAAUAACAUUCUUAUUCUUUUCAUCCAGCGUACUUUCUCAGCCCCAGCCUUGCUAGUUCCUAGAGGCAUGGGGCAAAGAGAAUUUCUGCGGGAACAGAGGGGACUGUGGGCCUGGGGAUUGGCGACCGGGGGGUACAACCUCAGGGCGGCCCCAGAGCUUCCUCUGGGGCUGGAGAACAAGCUGCUACUCGGAGCUGCGGCAACACCUCAGCAGGGAAGUCUGGGGAGGAGGAGGGCAAAUCACAGGCUAGAGACUUGGUUUCUGGAGGUUUAACCUGACUGCGAAGGGGGUUCCAAGUACAGUGGCCUCUCCACGGUGAGAGGCGCCAUGGGCCACGUCAGAGCCAGCGCAGGCUUGCCCAACUCUCCUCUGAGCCUUCCUGGUGCUCCUAACACAAAUGCCCGCACAUACGCUGAGGCCCUUUCCAAAGUGGAACACGGUCUCCAUUUAGUACCUGACCAGAAGUUUCAAAACUCAAGGGUUUCUAUUUUAGACAAACUGCCAGGGCAGAAUGUAUUUCAGUGUCUUCUAGGAAGGUCUGUUGAGGAUAACACCGUGUGAGCCUGAGUGGAUCAGGGCUCAUCUGCAGCUGUUCCCUGUCUUGUGCUGAUCAAUUCAUCAUGCACGGCGUCGAGGAGACCAUGUGUGGUAUGCACACCCCGUCCCGUGUAUGGAUUUUUAAAACAGUCGCCCUGGAUUAAACUGAAUAAAACAAGUCCAACUAUG